GCCAUGUUGAGAAUCGGCAGUGAGCCCCACGCUUCAUGCAGCUGGCUCACUCGCUCGCUCUAAAUUCUCCUGUUACUCCAUCUCUUCAAUAUCUCCAAUUUAAAUGCGACGUGAUUGGACCAAGGGUCAUGCAACUUGCUCACGAUAUCUGAUGCUCGGAAUAACAUCCAAGAUGCAAGUAUCUCGGGAAUUGUUCAAUAAGAGCAAUAUAAAAAGAUCGUAGCAACACCUUGACUCCGUUGCAUCUUUCGUAUUAUAAAUAACAUAGAAGACAUUGAAUUAUCUACUUCUUAAUAUUACACAUUCACAUAUUGACAUAAGUACUCGUUUUGAACAUGACCUUUCAUCCCGAUACUCUCCCCGAUCUCAAGGGCAAAAUAUUCAUAGUCACAGGUGGAAAUUCCGGCAUAGGCUACUACACCGUAGCCCACCUAGCAGCACACGGCGCCCACGUUUAUAUGUGCGCCCGAUCCUCAGAGAAGGGCACAUCAGCUAUCGCCACCAUCAAGAAAAUGCACCCCUCAGCCAACAUUGACCUCCUACAAAUGGACCUCAUGGACCUCACCAGCGUCGUAACGGCCGCCAACCACUUCCUCACCCUCGAAACAGCCCUGCAUGGCUUGGUAAAUAACGCAGGCAUAAUGGCGACGCCAUUCGAAAUGACCAAGGAUGGCCACGAGGCCCAGUGGCAGACCAACUACCUGGCGCACUGGGUUUUGACAGAGCACCUGCUUCCUCUGAUGCUGCGGACCGCCAACAAUCUUCCUUCCGGCAGCGUGCGUAUCGUCAACCUCUCUUCAUCGGGCCACUUGGGCGCACCCAAGGACGGCAUCAAUUUUAAGGAUCUAUCUCUCAAGGAUAGCGACCCGUGGCUGCGGUACGGACAGAGCAAGCUCGCCAACAUUCUGCACACCAAGACCCUGCACAAAACGUACGGGCCCGGCUCUCCCACUGUGCGGAACGGGGAGGGCGAGAUCUGGGUUUCGUCUGUGCAUCCCGGUGUGGUUGAGACGAACAUUGCCGCGUCGGUGGAGGAGUCGGGUUCAAGCAUUACGAGUGUUUUAUGGGUCUUACGCAUGCUUGGAUUGAUAAGGCCUGCCGAUAAGGGGUCAUGGACCAGUUUGUUCUGUGUAGCGAGUCGGGAUAUGAAGGCGGAGCAGAGCGGCGCGUAUCUCGAAAUUACCGGCAGGUUUGGGGAGCCGUGGUGGCAAAGCGGUGCGGCGAAGGAUGGGAAGCUUGCAGAGAGGUUGGAGGAGUGGACUGGGGAGGUGAUGAGGAAGGAAGGCUGGGUUCCGUAAUGGCGUCAACUGCGGUUCGGUCUUUUCCGAUUAUAUUGAUGGAUUUAUUGUUUCAUACUAUCGCCUAGUAUUAUUUUCCUUAUUUG